UGAACGUAAAAGGAGCUAUCAGCCAGUCUCCUGGCCAAGGUGUCCGCUUUCGGCAGCUAGCUGUUGUUUUCACCUUUAGUUUUAAUUGAAAGCUUUUAAUACUAAAUUACACUCAACAACUCUGGACACUGUGUCGCCAUGAAGGGAAGCAGAGUUUUAGUGGUUGUCUUGGUGCUUUCUGUCAGCCUGCUGUGCCCAGCCGUAGCGGGCAGGGGCAGGAGCGGCGGCAGCAACCAGAACAGCUUCAGGCGGGCAGCUAACGGGAUCUACCAGACCCUGAGCAGCGUGUUUGGGGAGGAGAACAUCCGAGCUCUGUACAAGUUUUUCUCCAAAGCAACAGAGCGGUUCGUGCACGGAGUGGACUCUUUCAUGGACACCAUCUGGAAGAUCUGGUCAGAUCUGCUCGAUGUGAUGGGCAUUGAUUCCUCAAACCUCAGCCACUACUUCAGCCUCACUUCUCUAACCAACACCCCAGCGCGUGCCUUGCUCCUGGUCGCUGCCGUGUUAUUGGCCUACUGGUUCCUAUCCAUGUUUCUGGGGGGGUUGUUUUAUUUGCUGCAUGCCAUUUUCGGACGCUUCUUUUGGCUGGCAAGGGUCAUACUCUUCGCCCUGUCCUGCCUCUACAUCCUGCAGAAAUUUGAGGGCGACCCAGAGCGGGCCGUGCUGCCGCUGUGCUUCAUCAUGGCGGUGUACUUCAUGACGGGGCCAGUGGGGGCGUACUGGCGUCGCGGAGGCGGGGCGGGCUCGCUCGAGGAGAAAAUCGACCACUUGGACACUCAGAUCAGGCUGCUCAACAUCAGGCUGAGCCGAGUCAUAGACAGCCUGGAGCACAACGGGGAGCAGUAGAGUUGCAGCUGGAAGGAUUAUUGUCGGAGUUAGACCACAUGUAUUUGUUAAUUUGCUUUCCUGAGCUCACCUUCAGGAAAACAGGCACCAGGUAUUUAUAACUCUACUGGGUUUUAAAGCUUGAGUUGGUUGUGGAGAGAUUAAUGUAGAAUUCCUAGAAGAAAUAAGACACAACCAAAGCAAACAUCUUCUUAGAUUUUGGGUAAAUAUAUAAAAAGGAGGAUUUUUGUAAAUCUAAAGAAGUUAUGUAAGCUAUCUCCGUUCUUCAUCUCAGCAACUUAUAAAAGUUACGUAUUUCUCUUAUUAAAGCACCAAUUGCUUAAUACAUAAACAUAUUUUGAGCUUAUUAAACCUUAGUAGACUUAAACAAUUUUGAAGAUGGUGUAUAUUUGCCCAGAGUGAGAUUGAUUUAUUUAUUUCCUCCAAAUAUUCUUCAUAUUGGCGACCAUUCUUUGGCGAAGGUGAUGUCAGGACCUUUUUUCCUAUUUUUUUUCUUGUUUCCUUUCUUGUGCGUGAGUACAUGGGUCAACGCCUCGGUGCCCUGCUUCGUUGCGUAUGUGGAGGUAGUCGACCAUGAAAAUUUGGGAAACACUGUAACUGAAUUUGCAUUCAGAUGUGGAAACCAUACAGAGAGCCAGCAAUAUCUCAGGGACUCACUCCACACUUAACGAAAUAUGAGUGCUAGUGUAAUAUUUGGUCUCUUCACUGUUCUGUUUGGGUGUUUUUUUUGUUAAGUUUAAUUUAUGCAUGCCGUCCUCAUAAAUUUUCAGCUUUUAUCGUUUUCAUUAUGUGUAAAUUAAGUGAAGGUUCAGAUCGGGAAAUGUUUAAUCAUCUGCACAUCACAGGACCCUGGAUACUUACUCUAAGAUUAGUUUAAUC